AUGGAGGAGUGCGCUUGCCUCUGCGGCUUGGGCUCUUCGCGGGGAUGUCGGUGUCGUCAGGAGCCCCGGGGCCCAGCUGAGACGGCAGCGGCCGAGGGCAAGCGGUGUCCUCAGAAGCGCCAGCGCCCAGCUGAGACGGCAGAGGCCAAUGACAAGCCGGCCCCGGCAGAGAAGCACCUCGAGGCGGCCGCGGCCACGCCCUUCUGUGCAGGGAGUGGAGGAACGGCGAGCCCCAUGCCGCCCCCGCACUGCUCGCUGCAGGACCUGCCUGUGGAGAUGCUGGUGGAGAUCUUCGCCUCGCUCCCCGGCACCGACCUGGCCAGCCUGGCCCAGGUCUGCACCAAAUUCCGCCGCAUCCUGCACAUCGACAGCAUCUGGAGACGGCGCUGCCGGGAGGAGUUUGGCGUUUGUGAAAACUUGCAGGACCUGGAGACGGUGGGUACGUCUUACCGAGAGGUCUAUGCGAAGCUGCUCCACCCGUACAGACACAUCUUGGGUUUGUGGCAGCGAGAUGCUGAGGGCCUUAAAACGCUGCUGUAUGUCGCGGUGGACGGCUUAGGCAUCACUGCGUGGACGGACAGGCCUUGUCUUCACCUCCUGGUGGACGGCCCGAUGCAGUUCAAGCCCGCGUUCCGAAUCCGCCUGACGGAGACGCAAUCAGCCGCGGUGGAGUGCAUGGAAGGCCGCCACCGCAGGCCCCACGGCCGCCGCCUGCAGAUUCGGAAGGACAGGCUCCGCACCCGGUGCAAGAAGACAGACCACCUGAAGGAUUUACCGACGCGGCUUCUGGAGAAAUGGGGGCAGAUUCUGGUGCCGGAGGACAGAAGGCGGUAUGACUGCCGGACCUACCGCCGCCUCUACCUCCCGCCCAGCCACCCGGACGACCUCAUCAGGCCAGGCCUCUUCCAACGCAAACCCAAUUACUAUGGCCUGAUCGCCGUGCUCAGCUUCCACGGGAAGUGUGCCAGGCUCACGCCCAUCACGGGAACCUUAUUCCCGACGUUACAGAUCCACCUCAUGCGCCGCAUCGAGAUGCGAGGUGGCGAGAUCUUCUGGGACGUCGAUGCGCUCUCCCGCGUGGUCCGGGAGAUGGAGGAGCAGGUGCUCCGGGAGCAGCAGCAGCAUGAGGACGGGACUGAGGACAGCGAGGGCCGUGGCGGGAUGUGUUUCUAUGGCGUGAGCACUUCUAUCUAUAAUGGCUUCACCGAGUCCAGCACUGGCGUCGUCGUCACCCUGUUCGAUGAGAACCGCUUCGGGUUCCUGUGUCUGCAGGAGAGAGCCUUCAGCCUGUUCGGCAGAGUCCAGAACACCUUCGGGAAUGCGGAGGCGCCAUCGCCGCAGGCCUUCCUGGAGAUGCUCUCCAGCAUCCGGUCCUGA